GGGACGCCAGCCAAGGACGCCAGCACCCACCCCGCGCGAACCCCAGGACCUUCCAGGGGUUUCCCGACGUUUACUCAGUGAAGGGGAGGCGGGGUGGAGGGGGGUCAGUCCGUUCGUAAGAAUCUCUGGCCAGUACGCCCUAUGCACAGUUUGCUCCUCGGUCAGUUUCUUCUGCCCAGUCACCCUGUGCCUCAGAAUCAGCCCCCUCCCCAGUCCCAGUUCCAAGCCCCCCCUCCAACCGCCCUGGCUGGGACCCUGGGAAGCCCCUCCUAGCCCAGGCCGGGACUCUGCACAGGCUCCUGCGCUGGAUCCCCAGAGGGUCUUCACCCCCGCAGCUCCCUCCCCCCGCCCAGUGGAAAGGAGAAGGUAUGAGGGGAGACUCUUACUUCAUUGGAAUGAGGAACCCGGGGCAGCAAGGACACAUCGCAGACGAUGAAGGACUGUUCUUGCUCUGCUGCAUAGACAGGGACUGGGCUGUAACUCAGUGCUUCGCAGAGGAAGCCUUCCAAGCGAUCACCGACUUCAACGACCUCCCCAACUCCUUGUUUGCAUGCAACGUUCACCAGUCAGUGUUUGAAGGAGAAGAAAGCAAGGAAAAAUUCGAGGGUCUGUUCCGGACUUAUGAUGACUGCGUGACGUUCCAGCUAUUUAAGAGUUUCCGACGUGUCCGAAUAAACUUCAGCAAUCCCAAAUCUGCAGCCCGAGCCAGGAUAGAGCUUCAUGAAACCCAGUUCAGAGGGAAAAAAUUAAAACUCUACUUUGCACAGGUUCAGACUCCAGAAACAGACGGAGACAAACUGCAUUUGGCUCCACCACAGCCCGCCAAACAGUUUCUCAUCUCACCCCCCGCAUCUCCUCCCGUUGGCUGGCAGCCCAUCAGCGAUGCCACACCAGUCCUCAACUACGACCUCCUCUACGCCGUGGCCAAACUUGGACCAGGAGAGAAGUAUGAGCUCCAUGCAGGGACCGAGUCCACCCCAAGUGUCGUCGUGCACGUGUGUGACAGUGACAUAGAGGAAGAAGAGGAUCCAAAGCUUGCCCCAAAGCCAAAAAUCAUCCAAACCCGGCGUCCCGGCCUGCCACCCUCCGUGUCCAACUGAGCUCACCGCUCCGCCUCGACGAUAUGUCUCCUCUUUAUCAUGCUUUUCUUUUCCCCGUUGUUUGUCGGAAAAAAAAAUUGCCUUUAAAUCACUGGGUGUUUGGUUGUUUGAGAUUCCUUCCUUGUAAUCAAGCCUCUCAGACAAAAGGGCUAGGAAAGGUGAUAUGUUUCCUGAUCAUAUCAUACCAUCAAGAAUAAUCCAUUAUUUAGAAGGUUUUAGGAAAUAAAGUAGUAUUUUCUUAUUAAACAGUCAGCACAGCCUAUAUCUUCAUUCUCUCAUGGUGAUACAAGCCAGAGAUAUCAGUAAAAAUAGCACGUGUGUUGUUUGUGAGCUGUUUCAGUCCCAGUCCUGAUGUGUGAGUUGUUUAUUCCCGGCCACUGAAGUAGGACCAUAAGUAAACUUGAGUUUGACUGCAUGAGAUAUCCCUAUCUGGUCUCACUCAGUCCUCUGCAUCCCGACAUUCCCAGGACAUGCAUGAUCACCAGCAUUUACUUUCAUGAUUUGAGGAUCUCCUAUUAACUCACAGGUUGUUAGCAGCCAGCCAUGUCCUAUCUAGCGUAGUAAAAUUAUCAGCAUCGCCCAGCUCAACAGGUCUGGGUAUAUUCACUGUUUUGAGUCAAUACUUCAUGGCUCUGUUAAAAUUCCUGGAAGCAAAACUGAGUUUGGCCCCAAAGAUAUUCCUCAGUCGAUUUUGAACUUCCAUCUAGAACUUUCCCAGCCUCUGUAGGGAGGCUUGUCCAGGGUGAUAGAGACCGAUUUCAGACAAACCUAUUUAUUACAAAAGUUUCAUGGUGUCUGAACGAUUGUUUUUCCUCUUUGUAUAUUUGUACAAAUGUUUCAGCUGUGCUUUUAAAAUCUGGAUGUUUUUUAUUUAGUGAUUGUUCAGCCAUUUGCUGCUUUAAAACAUAAUAUGUGCAUUGCUUAUGAAUGCAUUCAUAGACUAAUACAGAUAAUCAGAUAAUAUUACACUCUAUUAUGGAUAAUGCUGAAUUUUGAAAGGGCACAAAACUUCUCAUGCCCAUGUAUAAAUGAUUAGCCAACAUCUUUGCUAUCAAGACCACUUGUUUUUAAAUAAAGUGAAGAAUGCUAAUGUCAGUUGUAGACAAUUUGGAGGAAGCUAAGUCUCCAGAAUGUAGCAGCUGCUGAGCAUGUUAAAAGGCGAAGGAUGAUAAAUGUAUGCCGAUCCUACUCAUGCAAUGCCCAUAUUGCUCAAACAAUUAUUUGUUUUUGUUACAUGUGAUUUUUCUAUUUCUCUAGCCCGAAGUGCAUUACAGAAGAUACACCUAUAGAACCAUUUCCUUCUGCUAUAUGUGCCAGGCCUCAUCUACUCCUGUACAUUAAUGAAUUACUUUUGAUGCAAAUGCCAAUUGCGACGGAGUGGGGGAAAUAGUUUCAAUACCCAAGCCUCAGAAAAACACACAAGAACAAUAACUCAGCCAACUGCUAGAAGGAUUGUUGUGGUUUUUGACUAAGGUGUAUGUUAGUUUUAUCAGAAACUUAAAACAUAGACUGAUCACUCAGAAAUUCUAGUCCGUUCUACUGUGAAUAUAGCAAUAUUGUACUGGACACAGGAUGGGUGAAAUUGAGGACAGCAUUGCCCGUAAAGUCCUGAGUUUCCAUAAGAAAAAAAAAUGAAGGCUCCUCUUAAAAACAAAAUCUGAGGAGGGUAUAAUAAGCAAGUGCUUUGACUUUCCUUUGCUGUGGAGAUUUUUGGUUUUUCAUUAACAAAUGAGAGAUUAGACUGAAUAGUGAAGAAAUGCCGCCCUCUAGUGGAAGAAAUAGAAAUUUUGACCUCAGCCAUGUUGUGCUGAAUCUUCUCAGUCAUCUGUGGGUUGUUUGACUUUUUAUGCUACACAGAAUUUCCAGAAUGCAGGUUCUAAAGAAAUAUGGGUGAGAGAACAUAUUUGGAAAUGAAUUUUAAGUGUUAAAAAACAGAUACAUUAGACAUUUCCAACCAAAUUCAGUAUAAGUUGAAAUGACCGGUCUGUGUAGUCAUGAAAGAAAAGCUCAGUGGAGGGUAUGACCUAAAUGGUUAGUCUUGGUGAACUUUAUUGCAAAGUGCCCAUGUGAAUCUGUCUCAGAUCAAGUAAUUCUUUCCUGAGGUUGGGCUUGGGGAAGGGGAAGCGUGGAAGCUCCCAGCACUGUGGAAGUCAGAAUUGCCUCAGCAUUUCCAUGACGCACAUUAUGCAAACCUCUUUCGCACUAUUUUAAGUUUGAAAAGUUUAAAUAUGGAGGGGGGGGAGGUUUCCACCAAUUGAAUCAUUUGUGCACGUGUAUAGCUCAAAGAGCUUAGACUUCAAAUAUACCUGGUGAAUGACUC